CCUUCAAAUGUUUGAACUUGAACUAAAAACUUAAAAUUUUCGUCUCAUCAUCAGUUUCUGAUAACAUUAUUAUUAUUUGAUUAGUAAUGUAAUAUGUUGUAACAUUAUUCUCAAGUUUUUCGUGAAUUAGACUUGUUUUUUUAUCUCCGAAAAAUUAUUCGUUGAAAAUGUCUUUGGAUCCAGUGUAUUUACCAAAUCCAAUUCCUGUGCCUAUUCCUGAUGAACAGCUCAAGGAAAUUGUUAAUAAGUCGAGAGACUGGGCCAUAAUGCAUGGAGCAGCCAUGAGAAAUAAAAAAAACUUUUCCAAAGAUUCCGUUCAAAUUGCUCCUUACAUUUUGAUACCAUCAUGUUUUCCAAGAAAGGAAUUCAAUAAAGCUAUUGCUUUGCAGCCUAUUCUGAAUGAACUUAUGCAUCGAGUUGCCCAUGAUCAGUUGUUCCUUACAGAAUGUUUGAGAGAAACUAUACAAGUUGAUGAAUUUACUGGAAAUCUAUUUAAAAUUUUCGAAACUGUCCAGAAUGAAGGAAUUACACAGCCUAUCAGUUUGGCGCUUUUGCGGUCUGAUUUGAUGCUGGAGACUAUACCCAUCCCAUUUAGUUGCUGUAAACAGGUGGAAAUCAAUUCUAUUGCCUCGGGCUUUGGCUGGUUGGGUCCAGUAUCAGCAGAAAUACAUAGGUUUGUUUUACAUCAACUUGGAUACGGGGACCAAAACGUCAAUUUGCCAGAAAACAAUGCUCUUGAGGGUUUAUGUGGAGGUUUAAUUGAGGCCUGGAAAAUAUAUGGGAAUGAAAAUGCAGCGAUACUAUUUGUUGUAGAAGAAGUAACAAUUAAUAUUUGUGAUCAAAGAUUUCACGAAUUUGAAAUUUAUAAAUUGAGUCCACAGACUAAAGUUGUGAGAAAAACUUUGGUUGAAAUUGCUAAGAUAGCUAGAUUGGGACCAAACAAUGAAUUAAUGAUAGGAGAUGUGCAUAUUGCUGUAGUUUACUUUAGAUCGGGAUAUGAACCUGAAGCUUAUCCUACUAAAAAAGAGUGGGAUGCAAGACUGUUAAUAGAAAGAUCUCAAGCAAUCAAAUGUCCCUCCAUUCAGUAUCAUCUAGCUGGAACGAAAAAAGUACAGCAGGCAUUAGCCAGGAGUGGAGCAUUGGAUAUGUUUUUGACAGAAGCUAAGAAGAUAGAAGCUAUCAAGGAAAUUUUCACAGGUUUAUAUAGUUUGGACUUCGAUGAGUUCGGCGACCAAGCAGUCCAAAUGGCUUUGGAUGAACCGGAAAGAUUUGUUCUAAAACCUCAGAGAGAAGGGGGUGGCAAUAAUAUAUAUGGAGCAGAUGUGAGGAAAGCAAUGUUAGAAAUGAAAAAUAGUAAAGAGAGGACUGCUUGGAUAUUAAUGGAAAGAAUACAUCCUCCAAUUUCCAAGUCCUACAUAGUACGUCCAGGAGAUGGUGAUCUACCGGACCUGGUAGAUGUUAUCUCAGAACUCGGCAUUUAUGGAGUCGUGAUUGGAGACUCGCAAAAAAUUCUUGUGAACCGCCAAGUGGGCCACAUGCUCAGAACAAAAUUGAGUUCAUCAGAUGAAGGUGGCGUGGCUGCAGGAUCUGGUGCAUUGGACAGUCCAUUGUUGAUAGAUCUCGAGUGAUAAUAGAGCAUAUUUUUUUUAAAAUGAAGAAAUUAUUAUAUCUAGUAUUAUUAUUGAUAUCUGUUAAAAUAGUUAGAAAAUAAUUUUAUAAUGUGUUAUCCAUUUGCUGAAUAAAUUUGAAGUUUUAUAUGUA